GCUGUUUCUUUACUCUGAUUGAUUCCAUUUAAUGGUAAUCAGUUUGGAAAGAAGUCCCAAAGAGGUACGUGGUCAUCCGUUGUCAUUUGUUAAUUUGUACGACCAGGUAUUACAGAAAUCAUGUGUUUGAUACUCAGACCUUUUUUAUUGUAUCGGAAUUUCUUUAUAGAAACAUGUUGGAUCUUCGGAACACAACAAUUCUUUUAUAGAUUUCUUUGUUAUACCACUGGUUUUUAUAGGAAUUUCAAAAUCCACUAGAACAUUUUUUAUGAACAACUAUGUAAGUUUUCCGUAAUUCAUUAUUUUCUAGCUUUGCACUUCCGUUUUAUAUUUGUGCCUUAAUUCUUAGUCCUAUCAGUCCUUAAUGAAUGAUGUUUUGGACAUAGCCUUGAUCAAAAUUCUAUCACCCUGAUGAUUGACAUUGUCGAAAAAUAGUUUGAUUGGAUAUGUGAAAAUUAGUUUUUUAAUUUUUUCCUGAAAACUAUUUCAGUAUUUUUUUGGUAUUAUUAUUAUAUUAUACAAGAAAAUAAUGGUCAAAGUUAUAUUUCACGGGCCAUGUAGGUGUCCAAAACGUCAGUCAUUUAAGCUUAUUUCUGGGGACCGAUGAGAAAUAUUUUUUACAUAAGUAUAUUUGCAGUAAAUUAAUCCUAUUUACUGAAAAGAAGUGUGACGAGAUGUUUGGGGCUUGAGUUUAAUCACUGGAUACCUUGCCAACAUUCUCGAAGUAGAGGGCCCAGAAUUAACUAUUAAUAAUCUAUCAAAGAAUCAUCCUUGAAGGGUUAGUAGGUAGCUUUUGGGCUUCAGUUUAACCACUGGAUACCUUGACAAUACAAGGAUGCAAUCUUACCAUGUCCCACAUGUGAAACAAGCUGUCCCCUCAUAUGAUACAUUUCUUCAAUCACGUUCAAUGCUGCAUGAUAGCUUUUGCUUUGUCCCUAAUGUAUAUAUCUUAGUGUGUAUUCUUUCCUCCCAAUUGUGGCUUGCUUUUAUCUUUUUUUGCUCUGGCUUGUUGCAUCAUCGCCCUCUAUAAGAGAACCGUUCUGCAAGGAAUUCUCUUGUGCUCAUGCUACGUGCAUCCCUUCGUUUACACAUGUUACUCCAUCACAUUUAAUUGUAGUGAUUACCUCUUGAAAGAAGAAGGAUUGGUCUUGUGCUAUCAUAUCAGACAACGAAUUCCUACUACCAGGUAUUGUUAAAAUUAUUUGUUCAGUACUUAAUUAGACUCUCAUUGUGCUGUUGGACUUCUGUAGAAUUCCAAUCUUUAAUCACAUUUUAGCAUGGCAGGUGCUAGUAUAUUAUGUAUGGUCGAAAUUUGGAGCAAGUUAGUUACCCUGUCAACAUUGGCACGUGAUGUUAUCUGGCGGCACACAAUUUAAAACAAAAAUCCAAUCCACACAUGAAGUGCUUCGAAUAGUAGCAGUAGAAUUUGACUUGGUAAUUACUUACUUAGUAGUCACAUGCCACAACAUAAUUUCUGUUUUCCAUGUGCGGACUGAAUGUGCAUUUGUUUUUCUUUUUCUUUGUGGGGCAUCUUUUGUGUCUCUUUAAUCAAAAUUUUAAAACGGUGACACCACAAUUAGUGGUAGUACUAAACCAACUUCCCGAGGCACAAGUCGCCUUCUUAGCUCGAGCUCAUAUGCACCUGCCAUGAACAGUGAAUUCAGAAAAAACUAUUUUUUUUCAAACAAUUCUGAUUUUUAUUGUGGUAAACAUUGGUUAAAGUUAUGAGUGCUUGAAAAUUUUCAUUACGAAAUGACAUUCGUGGAAGUCAUAAAAAAACAGAUGCACGAAAAUGCUUUCAAUGAAAGCAUUUUGGACCACUGAUUUUGUUUUUUUUGCCACAAAUUCCACGAAUUUUAUUUCAUGGUGAAAAUUUGCAAGCACUCGAAACUUUCACCAAUUUUACCACAAAAGCAUUUCAGAAUUUUUUGAAUUUGUUCUCAAAAAAAUUUGAAUUUACUGUUCAACCAAGCUCAUUUGAGCUGGAGCUAAGAUACUCCACGUCCCUUCCUAAGAACCACCAUAUGUAAUGGAAGUCAAAACUCGCCUCAUUAUUUGCCACAAGAAAAAUAUGGUUUCAAAGUACAGCUCAGGUAUUUCAAGUUAGGAAAAGUUCAAAAUCAGUGGCUGCUCAUUUACCAAUCUUUGUAUUUGUUACGUUUAUAGAUGGCAGAACUAGCUAGUUCAUCAGGAGGAGGACAUGAACUGCCACAAAUGGACCAGGAGCUCCCGACGGCAGCCACAUCCGGUGAUUUCACAUCAGAUAGUUCAACGGGAGGUGGACACGAACAUCUACAGAUGGACCAGCGGCUCUUGACAGCGGCCGCAUCCGGUGAUUCCACGUCAAUGAAGGAGAUGGCCUCGCAAGAUCCAAGCAUUCUUCUUGGAACAACUCUAGCUGGGAACAGCUGCCUUCACAUAUCCUCCAUCCAUGGGCACCAGGCAUUCUGUACGGAUGUGGUAGAACUGGAGGAGUCUCUCCUCGCCGCUUUAAACCUGGAAGGGGAGACACCACUUCUCACCGCAGUGACUAGUGGACACGUCUCCCUGGCUUCCGUUCUACUCCAAUGCUACCGUGCACAGGGAUUGAGCGAGUCAAUCUUGGAGCAAGACAUCGAUGGUUGUAACGCACUGCACCAUGCCAUUCGCAACGGCCACAGGGAGCUUGCCCUGGAGCUCAUAGAAGCAAAACCCGCCCUGUCGACACAUGUGAACAUUUGGAGCGAGUCACCCAUGUACAUUGCGGCGUUGAGGGAUUUUAUUGAUGUUUCAGAGAAAUUACUUGAAAUUCCCGAUUCUGCUCAUACAGGACCAUACGGCUACAACACUGUGCGGGCUGCCGUGAGAAAUGGAAACCCAGUUUUGGCUAAAAGAAUUAUGGAAACACGUCCUUGGCUGGCCAGAGAAGCUGACAACGAUGGGCAUACUCCACUAAGUGCAGCUGUAUGUUAUGACCAGAUUGGCGUGCUACGAGUAUUGCUGGAGCAUGAUUGCUCUUUAGGGUAUGAGUUGCCACGUGAUGGUUCCCCUCUCCUCAGUGAAGCUGCAAUUGGAGGUCAUAUCGCUGUUGCUCAAGAGCUUCUUAAACACUGUCCCGAUGCUACUUACCGUGCAACAAAAGGUCUGUGUUGGACAUCCCUUCAUACAGCUGUAUGGUAUGAUCAAGUGGAGUUUGCCGAAUUCAUAAUGAGGACCUCACAAUUACGCAAGCUCGUCAACAUGCAAGACAUGAACGGGAGAACUGCUCUACAUGGCGCAUUACAGAAGUGCAGUCCUAAAAUGGUUGCUGCUCUGCUGUCUCACAAAGGUAUAGACACAAUAGUCAUUGAUAAUAGGGGUACACCACCAACUUUGGAGUUGUCGGCCUUCACGGAUCAUGCCAAAACAUUAAACUGGAAUGAAGUGCGUAUGCUUAUGCUGAGAGCUGAUCCCCGAGAUGCCGCCUCUUUUUAUAAUCUUCAAAGGAAAACCAAACUAGAAGCGACCGAGGCAUCAAGGAAGGAAGCAAAAUCACUAACUCAAACAUACACAAGAAACACUUCGUUAGUGGCGAUUCUCAUUGCGACAAUCACCUUCGCCGCUGCCUUCACCCUUCCUGGAGGAUACAUCAACGGUGCUGGAAGCGAGGGACUUCCCAUCAUGUCUAGGAAGUUUGCAUUCCAGGCAUUCUUGAUUUCUGACGUCUUAGCAAUGUGCUCCUCAUUUGUUGUGGCCUUCAUAUGCAUCAUAGCAAGGUGGGAGGAUUAUGAGUUCUUGCUUUAUUACAGAUCCUUCACUAAGAAGCUCAUGUGGUUUGCAUACGUGGCAACUACUACGGCUUUUUCAACUGGUUUAUACACAGUGCUUGCUCCACGUGUCCACUGGUUGGCUAUUGCAAUUUGCGUCAUGGUAGCUUUGUUGCCGAUUCUAACUAAGCUACUCUGUGAAUGGCCUGUCUUGAAGCUCAGACAUCGGUUGGGUAAAGCUUUCAAUUCUGAUUUGCUUGACAUGGUGUAAGUCUGACCUCAUCACUUUGUCUUGAGGCUCUGCCUUUUGGUAUUAUUAUUUAACUGAUCUGUAACAAAUAUCAUAAAAAGUAUACAAUUGGUUCUUUGUAUUCCAUUUCAGUAUGUAAUCUACUUGGUUUACUUGGUUUGACC